CAUUUCUCCCUUCCCGCCAAAGCGCGCCUUCUCUCUCUCACUCAGAGUUCAGAGAGAGAGACACGAAAAUGGAAUUGAGUCUGAGCGGGAAUGCGAUCAAGACCUUUGCUCGGUGCAUCACGUGUCUCGCACGUGUCGGCAACGAGCUUGCAAUUCAAGCCUCUCCUUCUCAGCUCGCUUUUCACACUCUCAAUUCAUCGCGGUCAGCUUAUCAGUCCAUUACAUUUAAGCCUGAUUUCUUUGAUGUCUAUACAGUUUCUGGUAACCAAGUCCAAUGCAGUGUGCUUUUGAAGGCCAUUUGUUCUCUUCUUAGGACACCUAUUGCAAGUAUUGAUAAUUUGAGUGUGAAGUUGCCUGAUCCUGAUGCAUCAAAAGUGCAAUGGGCGUUAGAAUGCUAUAGUGGCAUGAGGAAAACCUAUUGGAUUACUUGCAAUGUUGAACCCGAUAUACAACAUUUAUCUCUUGAUAGGACAAAAUUCCCAAGUAACUUUGUAGUGAGGCCUCGUGAUCUCAAUAGAUUGCUUGUUAAUUUUCAGUCCUCUCUUCAGGAGAUUACUAUCAUUGCAACAGAACAGACCUCCUUACCUUCUGACGCUGCAAAUGAAAUAGGAGGAAAAGCUGUCGAACUUAGAAGUUAUAUAGAUCCAACCAAAGAGAAUGAUUCAUCGCUGCACACUCAACUAUGGAUAGAUCCUACAGAAGAGUUUUUGCAGUAUACUCACACUGGAGACCCAGUAGAUGUGACAUUUGGUGUGAAAGAAUUGAAGGCCUUUCUUUCUUUUUGUGAAGGCUGUGAAGUUGACAUUCAAUUGUAUUUUGAAAAGGCUGGAGAGCCUAUUCUCAUGGCACCAAAAUUUGGGUUAGAUGAUGGGUCCAGCUCAACCUUUGAUUCUACACUUGUACUUGCAAGCAUGCUUAUAUCACAGCUCCGUGAAGGGAAUCACUCAGAACCUCCACAAGCAGCUACCACAACACAUGGCCAGGAUGAGCAUGGGGCAUCCCAAGCUCAACAUGAUAGGUGUAUACCAAAUGUUUCUGAGCAUCCAUCUGAUCACACCAGAAUUUGGUCUGAACUUUCUGGAAGCGCAGCAAAAAGUGGUAGUGGCAGUGGUAUUGGUACUGAAGAAAGGCAGUUUCAAGGGGAAACAAAUUUGAAUGCUAAUCAGCAGAGGGAGAUGCAAAGAAUUAGCACAAUGCAAAUUUCAAAAGCUGCAUCCACUAGAGAAAAUGAGCCUGCAGAUCCUAAUAUCUUUCAUCCUAUGGAAAAGGAUUAUGCAGAAGAAGCCCGAGAUGGGCCAGUUUCACAACGUCAUCCUAGUAACUGGGUGGAUGCAGAUGAAGAUGAUGAUGAUGAUGAUGGGAAUGCGGAUGAACUGUGUGUUCAGUCUACACCACCAUACUAUGAAGAACAUUAGCCAUGAUGGAUGCUGCUUGUUCUCUUUCCCUGUUGUAAAUGUGUCCCUUCCAAUGAGAUUUUUAAUCAAAGUAAAGUUUUGGUUAGCUUCUCCCCUUAUAUACUUUGUUAUCCACUCAGCCUUUUACACUACGCAAUCCAAUACAACGUAGAUCCUCCAGCAUUUGAAAA